UUCAGCAGAGAAGUAAUUUAAUUACAGUAACGCCGCAAGGAGGGUCUGCGGUUUUUCAACUAUUUUUAAAAUAAUUUUAUAAACAAUUAUUUUAGACUGACCGUUGUUUUCAACCUGUUUUUCGCCAAAUGCUGCUUUUUAUGUUUUGCAGAUAGUUUAUGACUUUUGAUCUGUUGUUUUUUUUUUUUUUAAACACGCGAUUUCACAUGGCCUAAUUGCAUGUCAUUUCAUUCAUUGUCUAUUCAUUCACUGACAUCAAUUUAAAUGCUUUUUGUACUCUAUGUGUACUUUUUGUGCAACUAUAUGUUUCAUUCGAUUUAAAUAAUACUGUUAAAAGUUUGAUAAAGUAUAAAUGACGUUUAGAUCUGCAGUGAAUUGUUUUUUUUUGUUUUUUGUUUUUUUUACAUAAGCAAAACUUUAAAAACUUGAUUCAAUGCCACAGGAAUAUAGAAAAGGUGUUUUAGAUAGUCACAGUAGUAUUAUCAAUAAUAUUGAAAAUCGAGCAUGAAUUAAUUAAUUUAUGACUUAAACAUGUUUUACUGCGUUUUUGUUUAUUAAGCUUUUUAAAAGUCAAACGAAUGACUUAAAUAUUUUUUUUUAAUGUGAGGAAUUUAAUUUGGAACAACUCUCGUGCAGGACCUUUCCAGCUGUUCAGUGACAUCACUGGCAAGAUCGACUACAACUCCACCCACUUGGGCGAAGCCACCAUUGUAAACACGAAUAAAAUGGGCACGUGAGCUGGGAAACUUUGCAAUCGGCAGUGCAUAAGAACAACACUUCGCAGUCUGUGUAGAAACAAGUCGCUGUUAGUCGCUAGCUGAAAGCCGGGAGGGCUUUUACUUUUGGAUGCAAACUUUUCCUCUCUUUAAAGGAUUCUUUUCUCAUCCGCUUUCCUGACAGGUUCAGCGAAGAUGUUGCAGGCUUGUUCUCCAUCGCACGAUUGGCUUUGCGACUCCAAGCCGCUGCUGUUUGACGACGAGUUUUGCCCGAGUCUCAUGAAGGAUUUGCAGUCUAUCCCCACACCGCCCCAGUCCCCUCCGAUGAAACCCGGGCUCGCGAAGAACUUGUCCACGGUGGACCAGUUGGAGUUGGUGUCUGAACUUUUAACGGAGGAUAACGACUUUCUCCAACUGGACUGGAACUUUACCGACAGCGCUUCAGCCGCGGAGGAUCCGCUCUUGGAGGACUGCCUGUGGCGCACCGACGGAGACAAACCGAUCGAGGACAAACUCUCAGCGGUGCUCUCCACGAGUCCCUUGCUCUCCGAUGUUAACACUGAGAUUUUUGCUGAAAUCACCGGCUGUACUCUGGAUUGCCACAAUGUGGCGCUCUCUUCUCAAGCUCUGGAGAGUGCGGACUUACCGCUGGACACCCAGGGGCAGAUCGAGCCUACAUCUGAUUACGGUUCACUGUCCACCGGAGGAGAAUCAUCUACAAGCGAUUCUGUGGAGAAGACUGAUGUUGUGACCAUCUGGCAGUCAAGCACACCGACAUGUUCUCAACACCAGCAGCAGUUGGAGGACAGCCGGCGUGAGCAGCAGUGUGCUCUCAAUCUCAUUGCUCUCAGUGUGUGUCACUUUAAAAUUCAACAACAGCACAACAUCAUCAUCCCAUGGCCCGCCUUUCCUCCUCCUCCCCCGCCCCCUCUCAAACACUCCCGAGGGUCCGGAGACUCCCACCGAAGCACACACAAUUCAGGACACUCUCAAAGUCUGGCCUCGCAACAGGCUGUGGACACAGAGGACAAAGAGAGGCGGAUGACACACAACGCGAUGGAGAGGCAGAGGCGCAACAAGCUAAAGAACGGUCUCCUUAGGCUACAGGACAACAUCCCUGAACUGUCCAAUAACGACAAGGCUUCCACGGUGGUGAUUUUACAGUGCGCAAAAGAAAGCAUCAGAAAUCUGGAAACAGAGAACCACAGACUUACACAGAAGAAAGAUAAACUCAGAGAACGACAAGAACAGCUGAAAGUCAAACUGGGACAGCUCGAGAGACUGUGAACGUCUGGGACUAAUGUCGCCAGUUUGAGGACUGUAACACUUUUGACUGACUGUAAAGACUUUAAUGAGGAGAUUUUGGAUUUUAUGCCAAAUUAAAUUCUGUUUGGAAACACGCAUGUUCAAUGCAAGGAACGUUCUUCAGUGUUGUGACUUUGCAUUGUGCAAAAGUCAUGUUCUUGAGUCUUAAUAUGAAACUUUAUUUCAUUUUUUUUUUUCAAUUAAAAGCGUGGGUUCAUUUGCAGGUUUUUGAGAGAUAAAAAAAAAAAAAGUUCUGUUCAUCCUCAACUGCACUUUGUUUUAGAAAGUAAUAAAGAAUCAGCAAGAUGA